ACGUCAGUGAUGGGAAUGCUGGGAUAUGUGUCCGCCAUGCAUAUGAACCAUAUGAACCGCUCAUCCCACGGUCGUUGCAAGCAAUCCGUGUAGUUGGUGUUGUCACCAUGGUCAUGUGCGCGAUAUUUGGUUGUUCCAACCGCAGUGACAACCGCGGGAGAAAACGAUCAACUAACGGCCACUUCUUUUCGAUACCGAAGACCGUGGAGAACCAGUGCGAGCGCUCGAAAGCGUUGAGCACGAAGCGGCGCAGUUUAUGGCUGGCGCGCAUUAAACGUGCUGACUUAGACAUCGAGAACCCCAACCUGCGAGUCUGCGGCGUGCACUUCAUUACAGGAAAGCCAGCUAAACUGUUCGACGAGACGGACCCUGACUGGGCUCCGUCGCUUCUCCUCGGCUACAGUGCCAAGAACACGGACCCCUCACGACCAGCGCUCGAAAACGACGCGCCGUAA